AUGGUUCUCAAGAAGUACACCCAGGAGGAGCUCGUUGAGUUGCGUGAUCACGCUGUUGUUCCAAGCCAGUUUGACUUUGAGGAGUUCACCAAGUCAAUUGAAGAGCAACGCGCCAUUCAAGAGGAGGAGCUUCAGCACCACCACCACGAAGGCAGUGGUAGAAGACGUUCAUCCCACCACCUCACAAGACCAGCCUUCAAGCCAAGAAAGCCAAAGGCACUUCCACCACAGCCGGAUGCCGAUGGCUGGGUCACUCUGAACAAGAAGAACUCUGUUUCUGGUGAGGAAGCCACACAGUCAAGAGACAAGUUCAGAGAGCAUGUCAAGGAGCAAGGAGCUUCUCAGCAGUAUGCUAGACCAAACAAUAAGAACAUUGGCUCCUCGAAGCCUGCGGACGCUAGGGAUAUCACCGAUAAGCCAAAGACAACCUUCAACGCGUUUGCAGCUCUUGGUUCGGAUGAUGACGAAGACGAUGACGAUGACGAAGAGGAGGAGGAUGAAGAGUAA